AUGCUUCCUAAAAGUCACAGCACAGGCAACAACCUCUCGGCUCAACAGUACGACAAACAGGUCCGGGUAGCGGUUUUGGGCCCAGCCGGGGUCGGAAAGACGUCCAUCAUCCGCCAGUUUCUGUACGACAUGUUCGAGGAAGAGUACAGCCAGACAGUGGAAGAGAUGUACCAGGUGCACUUCGACAACGACGGUGUUAAACUCACGCUGGAUAUACUUGACACUGCUGGUGCCUUUGAGUUCCCCGCCAUGAGACAGCUGGCGAUCGCAACGAGCCACGCCUUCCUGCUUGUCUACUCUGUCGACGACCUGGAGUCCUUUCAGGAAGUGACGGCCCUCAGGCAGCUCAUCCUGUCCCAGCGUCCUGGCACACAGGUGCCUAUAGUCAUCGUUGGCAACAAGGCGGACGUCCCGGUAGAGAAGCACGCCGUUGCCAAGGAAACCGCCGAGGCCAUUGCCUGUUUUGACUGGAAUAAUGGCUUUGUAGAAGCGACAGCUAAGGACCAUAGCCGUGUUGUGGAAGUGUUUAAGGAAAUUCUGAGACAGUCUAAGAUCAGCUACGACCUCAGCCCUGCGAUGAAGCGGAGGAGGCAAUCGUUACCUGUUCUUCCAGGUCAAGGAAAGCAAAACUACUGCAGGGCUAAACGAGACAGCAAGUCUUUUAUGAAACGGUUCUUUACCACUUUGAAAUAGAAGGAACGUCAAAUGUUCAGGCUUUCCACUUUAGAAUAGAUUUGUGCUUUGACUUAUCCAGGAACUUUCCAUUCAUCGACAUUUCACUGUAGAAAUGUUUGACUACAAACAUGUCUUUCUGAUAUCCUAAUCUU